AUGGCCACGAAGCUGCUGUUGCUCCUCUGCCUGUUUUCGGGCUUGCACGCACGAUCCAGAAAGGUGGAAGAGGAUGAAUAUGAAGAUUCUUCAUCAAACCAAAAGUGGGUCUUGGCUCCAAAAUCCCAAGAUACAGAUGUGACUCUUACUCUCAACAAGUUGCUAAGAGAAUAUGAUAAGAAGCUGAGGCCUGAUAUUGGAAUAAAACCUACCGUAAUUGAUGUUGACAUCUAUGUUAACAGCAUUGGUCCUGUGUCAUCAAUAAACAUGGAAUACCAAAUUGAUAUAUUUUUUGCCCAGACCUGGACCGACAGUCGCCUUCGAUUCAACAGCACAAUGAAAAUUCUUACUCUGAACAGCAACAUGGUGGGGUUAAUAUGGAUUCCAGAUACGAUAUUCCGCAAUUCCAAAACUGCAGAGGCUCACUGGAUCACCACCCCCAAUCAGCUCCUCAGAAUUUGGAAUGAUGGGAAAAUCCUUUACACUUUAAGGCUCACCAUAAAUGCAGAAUGCCAGCUGCAGCUGCACAACUUCCCCAUGGAUGAGCACUCCUGCCCGCUGAUAUUCUCCAGCUAUGGCUACCCCAAAGAAGAAAUGAUUUAUAGAUGGAGAAAAAAUUCGGUUGAGGCAGCUGAUCAGAAAUCCUGGCGGCUUUAUCAGUUUGACUUCAUGGGCCUCAGAAACACCACAGAAAUUGUGAAAACAUCUGCAGGUGAUUAUGUUGUCAUGACUAUAUAUUUUGAAUUGAGUAGAAGAAUGGGAUACUUCACUAUUCAAACGUACAUUCCUUGUAUACUGACUGUGGUUUUAUCCUGGGUAUCAUUUUGGAUCAAAAAAGACGCUACACCAGCAAGAACAGCAUUAGGCAUAACCACAGUGCUGACCAUGACCACACUCAGCACCAUAGCCAGGAAGUCCUUGCCUCGUGUUUCCUAUGUGACAGCCAUGGACCUCUUCGUGACCGUUUGCUUCUUAUUUGUCUUUGCUGCUUUGAUGGAGUAUGCUACCCUCAACUACUAUUCAAGUUGUAGAAAACCAGCUACCACUAAGAAAAAGACAUCGUUACUAUAUCCAGAUUCCUCAAGAUGGAUUCAAGAACGCAUAAACCUACAAGUCCCCUCCAACUAUUCUCUCCUUGAUAUGAGUCCACCACCACCGGCAAUGGUUACCCUAAACAAUUCCAUAUACUGGCAGGAAUUUGAAGAUACCUGUGUCUAUGAGUGUCUGGAUGGCAAAGAUUGUCAGAGCUUCUUCUGCUGCUAUGAAGAAUGCAAAUCAGGAUCUUGGAGAAAAGGGCGUAUUCACAUAGACAUCUUGGAACUGGACUCAUAUUCUCGGGUCUUUUUCCCUACAUCGUUCCUGCUCUUCAACUUGGUCUAUUGGGUGGGAUACCUGUAUCUCUAA